AGUUCCGCUUCGCAGACCUGCGGGGUCCCGAGAACUGCAGGCGGCACCACACGGAGGAGAUGGCCCUGGGUCGGCUGGUGGUUCGCCGGGGCCAGCCUUUCUCCAUCACGCUGCACUUCGGGAACAGGGGCUUCCAGCCGGAGACCGACCGCCUCGUCUUCGUCGCCGAGACGGGGCCCCGGCCCAAGAGGGAGCUGGGCACCCAGACGAGGAUCUCCCUGUCUCCGCCCGACAGCAGCGGGACCUGGGGGGUCGCCUGGCUCCCGGAGACCACGAGGUCCCUCGGGGUCUCCCUAGCGCCCCCCGCCGACGCCGCGAUCGGCCGCUACGGGCUGAAGGUGGAAAUCUCGGGGUCCAGACGUGUCCGGUCCCACUGGCUCGGGGAAUUUAUCUUGCUCUUUAACCCCUGGAGUCCCGAGGAUGAGGUCUUCCUGCCCAGCGAGCCUCAGCUGCACGAGUUUCUUCUGCGAGACCACGGGCUCAUUUACAAGGGGCACGAGAACUGGAUCACUCCCUCGCCUUGGAACUUCGGGCAGUUUGAGGGGGACAUUGUAGACAUCUGCCUGGAGAUCCUGGACCGGAACCUGAGCUUCCUACUGGAACCAGAGCUGGACUGUUCCCGGAGGGGCAGCGUGGUCUACGUCUGCAGGGUGGUGAGUGCCAUGAUCAACAGCAACGACGACAGCGGGGUGCUGCAGGGCAACUGGGGCGAGGACUACCGGGACGGCGUCAGCCCCUCCGAGUGGAACGGGAGCGUGGCCAUCCUGAGGCAGUGGCACGCGGCCAAAGGCCAGCCCGUCAAGUACGGCCAGUGCUGGGUCUUUGCUGCUGUCAUGUGCACAGUGAUGCGGUGCCUCGGUGUCCCCACGCGGGUCGUCACCAAUUUCUGCUCGGCGCACAGCGGGGACAGGAACCUGACCAUCGACGUGUUCUACAACGACGCCGCCGAGAUGCUUCCCGGGGAGAGCAGGGACCGGAUCUGGAAUUUCCACGUCUGGAAUGAGUGCUGGAUGGCCAGGAGGGAUCUCCCGCCCGGCUACGGCGGUUGGCAGGUGCUGGACCCCACGCCCCAGGAAACCAGCAAAGGGGUCUUCUGCUGCGGUCCGGCCUCCGUCAAGGCCGUCAAAGAAGGGGACAUCCAGCUGCCCUAUGACACUCCAUUUGUGUUUUGCGAAGUGAGUGGGGACGAAGUCACCUGGCUCCAGGAGGCCGGGGAAGUGAAAGAGAUCCUCUCCCACAAAACCCACUCCAUCGGGAAGAGCAUCAGCACCAAGAUGGUGGGUGCGGCCGAGCGGCAAGACGUCACCGACGACUACAAGUAUCCGGAAGGGUCCCUGGAGGAGCGGACCGUGUACCUGAAGGCCACCCGGCUGCUGAUGGGCGGAAACCUGCCCGCCACCCCCAUGUACCGGCUGCUGCAGACGACCCCGGGCCCGGAGCCCCCGGUCCGCCUGAAGCUGGGUCUGGCUGGAUCCCCCAAGUGGGGCCAGGCCGUGGCCCUGCAGCUGAGAGCCAGCAGGUCCUGGGCCGCCCUGCCGGAGGCGGGCCUGCUGUUCCUGGGGCUGCGCUUCAGCGCUCAGGCCGUGCUGCACGUGGGAGGGGUCCAGGCCCCACUCUGGAAGGGCAAGGCGGUCCUCAGGCUGGCCCCAGGCGAGGAGAAAGACCUGCCCGUGAUCCUGCCCUACGAUAACUACAAGGAACGCCUGCUGGCAGAGAAGGUCGUCCGCAUCUCCUGCAUCGCCCACGUCGAGCUGACCGGGCGGAAGCUGCUGGUGGUCAAAGUCAUCUCCCUGGAUAUCCCGCAGCUGACCAUAAAGGUGGGCGGCCCGGCCGUGGUGGGCCAACGCCUGGAUGUCUCCAUCCACUUUACCAACACUCAGCCCGAAGCGCUGACCGGCUGCUCGCUGGCGCUGGAGGGCAGCGGCCUGGUGGAGGGGCUGGUGUCCGCUGCACUGGGCACGCUGGAGCCCGGCAGCAGCACCGUGGUUGAGCUGGCAAUCGUCCCGCUGAAAGCCGGGCCCCGGCAGCUGCAGGCGCUCAUAACCAGCAACGAGAUCAAGGAGAUCAAAGGCUUUGAGGGCGUCUCCGUGGCUCCGGAUCCGACCGGCGGAGACCCGCCGUCCUCCCUCUGAGCCCCUCCUCGGCCCGGUCCCCCUCCUCGCUGCCCCACUCCCGCCCCCUCCUCCCCAGUGGCCCUGGAAUCAGACUUGCGUGUUUUCGCGGAUCAAGGAGGGGCGGAGGGGCCACCCGCUUCCCCGCCAUCUUCCCCGUGCUCCUGCCUUCCCUCUUCCCCCAUCCCGAGCCUCCCCGGCCUCAAGGAGCCAGUCCCCUCGCAGCCCCCAGACGCCCCCCCAGCAGCUGUGGACGGCACAACUUCCCAUGAGCGUCCAACCCUUCCCCAGCCUCGUUCGCGCCUUCUGCCGCGCCGACUCUAAUCCCGCUGGAGGCCGGGAGCCCCGCCUCGUUUUCCCCGUUGGGCUUCGGGACGACGGCCGACCCGGCCGCCCCCUCCCCGCGGGGAGCGCGCCGGACAGCCCGCGGCGCAACCCAGCCCCGGGGACCGGGCCGGGAUCCGCGGCCUGCCCCUCUCCGGCGCCUCGUCCCGGCCCCGGCUCCGGCCCCGUCGGCCGCCGACCCCCGGGAGUCCUGCCCUAGGCGCUCCAGCUCGGGAUCCGCUUCCCGUUUCCCGAGCACCGACCUUGCCUGGAGUAGCCAGGCCCGAUGUCGCACGUGACAUCGCGGGCCGCUCUCGUCAAAACCUCCCUCCGUCGACAACGUUCCGGGGUCGCUGUGAGAGACCCCCCCCCCCCAAACCCAAAGCCCCCGCAGCCCAGCCGGGCGGCCGGAGAACGAGCAGAGACGUCGAACUUUCCAAAACGUCCGUUUCUUCGUAACUGCCGUCCUCCAGCGAUGGGACCAAGCCCCUCCGGCUCCUCGGGGAUGGUGGCUUCUGUCACCGGUGAUCCGGGGGCCUCUGGGCCCACGGCCCGUGCCCGCUGCAGGAAGAGAAGCCCGCGGCACCUGAACCGAGUCUGCGUCAUCAGUCCGGGACAGACAAUCCGGUCGCCUCUGGAACCUCUGGAAGGUUCACACGUCAGCGUACGAGCGGGGGGUCACGCAAACUCUCGUCAGAAGGCGGAGGAAUCGACGCUAUUUACGCCGGCAGACGAAUUCCUUGGAGAACGGGGUCCAGCCCAUUCUCGUCUAGAUCAUCUAGAGGAAGCAGGAACUUGCUCGUCUCGCGGGAUUCGGACUGGGAGCCGAGGGGAAGAGUUGGGGAAGCUCUUGGGGCUUUGGAUUUCUUUGGCUACAAAAGGCACGUGAUUUUGUGGCCGGGGUCUUCGGGCUACUGGAUCAGGCUUGGGAUGGCGCACCCUAGCCCGAGAGGUCAGUGGGAUACUUUAGUAAAGAGGACUUGUCGCCAGCCA